UUUCUCUCUCUCUAUAUAUCCAUCCACCUAAAUAAACGCAUCUUCCCCCGCCGCCUUCGCCGCCGUCUCCGCCGCCGCCGCCGUGAACAGAUUGUUUGGCCGGCCGAUCUGAUAGAUAUGGAGUAUGUUUAUGAAGAGGAAUACAUUUUGAAUGAAAGGGGAGUAAAGCUCUUUACAUGCAAAUGGCUUCCAUCUUCUUCUUCACCACCAAAAGCUCUGGUUUUCCUAUGCCAUGGUUAUGGAAUGGAAUGCAGUAAUUUCAUGAAAGAAUGUGGGAUUAAACUAGCUAGCUUUGGUUAUGGUGUGUUUGGAUUGGAUUAUGAGGGGCAUGGAAAAUCGUCGGGUCGUCGAUGUUACAUCAAGAGCUUCAAUAAUGUCGUCGAAGAUUGUACCCGAUUUUUCGGGUCCAUAUGUGGACUAGAAGAGUAUAAGGAGAAGAAGAGGUUCUUGUACGGCGAGUCAAUGGGAGGGGCCGUGGCUCUACUUAUUCAUAGGAAGGACCCGAGUUUUUGGAAUGGCGCGGUUCUUGUUGCGCCCAUGUGUAAGAUAUCGGAGAAGGUCAAACCACAUCCCGUGGUCGUGAAUAUCUUGACUAAGGUAGAAGAUAUCAUACCCAAAUGGAAGAUUGUUCCCUCUAAAGACGUCAUCGAUGCUGCAUUUAAGGACUCGAUUAAACGUGAAUUGGUUCGAAGUAACAAAAUGAUAUAUCAAGACAAACCUAGACUAAAGACGGCAUUGGAGUUGCUAAGAACUAGCAUGCAUCUCGAGAAUACCUUGAGCGAGAUCACGAUGCCUUUCUUAGUGUUGCAUGGUGAAUCCGACAAGGUGACUGACCCAGAAGUGAGCAAGGCAUUAUUCGAACGAGCCAGCAGUGCUGACAAGACCAUGAAGCUCUAUCCAGGAAUGUGGCAUGGCUUGACAUCCGGCGAGCCAGAUAAAAAUGUGGACAUCGUGUUCUUUGAUAUAAUUGCCUGGCUUGACAAGCGAUCUCUACACGAACAUGAUAUGAAUUCGCCGGUUAAUGGAGUUAAAGACCAUUUUAGCCUUGAUGUGGGAAGAUGCAUUGAAGAUGAUUUAUCUAUGAUGACGCCUAAUCGACAAAAGCAAUAUCGUGCACGAAUUCAGAAGAGCUUAUAUUUGUGUGGUUGGAAAGAGCCUAAUGUAAUGUAAUGAAAUAAAAUUGAAGCAGUUAUGUUUGAAAAUGAAUAAUUUGUAAUAAAGUUGAAAUUACUCUAUUAUUAU